AUGGCGCCAGAGCUGGACUCCGAUGACAGUGAUGUCGGGGAGGGAGGGCAUCGUGGGGAUUGGAACAAGUAUAAGGUGCGUUCACAGAUCAACGAAGGUUACAAUACUUCUCAGAAAAAACGCGACAUCAUAGAUACAUUCUUUACGUAUGUGAACAGGGAUUUACUUAUAUGUAAACUCUUCUACUUUUUCUUCUUUGCUGCUUUUGGAUCUCUGUUUCCGCUCCUUGCUAUCUACUUUAAACAACUUGGGAUGAAUCCAACACAGAGCGGUAUUCUGAUUGGGUUUAGACCAUUCGUUGAGUUUUGCAGUGCUCCAUUUUGGGGCAGUUUGGCAGAUAGAUAUAAAAAGGGUAAACACUUGAUGUUGUUUUCCCUGUUUUGUUGGAUUGUGUUCACGCUGUCGAUCGCGUUCGUUAAACCUCCGCCUCAUCACUGCGUGGAAACUAAUAUUACAUAUAAGAUUCAGAGCCCUCCCGGCUACGUGUCACGUAAUAUGGUUGAUAUGAUGAACAAAAGUGAAGGUGUAGCAUACAAUGUGGCUGGAAAGGCUGGCAGUAAAAACCCACAUGAUGAUUAUGUGAAAUUCCAACCCUUAACAGCAAAACCUUCAGUCAAAACAACGAUACAAGUAAAACCGACCCCGAAGACCCAGCUUUCGCAUGCAAUUCCCACCACCGCCACCAUGCCGCACGAGGCCGCCGUUGCCAAGACUGGGGCAGCCGGCGCCCCGAAGGGUAGCUACAUCAAACCGAAAUACAGCACCGUGUACUAUGAAAAGCAUGCUGUUCAGGACGUGUUCUUCACGCUCCUGUUGCUCGUGGUUAUAGGUGAGUUCUUCAGUGCUCCAGCUAUAACUUUCGCCGAUUCUGUUACACUCGCUUAUCUCGGUGACGAUACUGAUAACUAUGGCAGACAAAGGAUGUUCGGUUCUCUCGGAUGGGGAUUCUCUAUGUUCUUUGUCGGUUUGGCGUUGGAUCAGUCGACGACUUUUCCAAAUCACCCAUGUGGACUACAACAUCAAGCAGAAAAGGACUACACGAUCUGCUUCGCGGUUUUCUCGGUGUUGAUGAGCUGUGCCCUAUUCACGGCCACCCAAUUUAAAUUCGACCAUCGGCAUGGCGGUGGAAAGGACUUCCAGCUCGUGGAAUUCGUGGAAAAGGUCAAGGACAGAGUUAUGGAAACGAUAACUGGAAAGCGUCCAUUGGACAGAGGAAGUCUGUUUCGAGAUGAAGAAGAUGACGACAUCGACUAUCUCGAAUCAAAGGCAACAAUGCAGAAACAGAUGGAGACGGGUAAUACUGUUGAUCCUUAUAACGAAGGGGACCCAAAUAAAUUACAACAGCCGAAUGGAAACGGUAAAAAUAUUCAAAUAUCACUAGAGACUCGUCAGGACAUGGUGUCAGACGUCACAAAGAAACCAGUGAGCAUUACAGGACAGGAUGAAGAUGAGGAUGAGCCAUUUUUGGGAAGAUGGAUUGCCGUCAUGAGAAUGCUUUCAACUUAUAAAUACAUAUCAGUGUUAUUUGUGUCCUGGUUCAUGGGGUUUGGGAUAGGCCUAAUUUUUACCUUCCUCUUCUGGCACCUUCAGGACUUGGGAGGCAGUCCAACUCUUUUCGGAGUUGCUUCGGUCUUCAACCAUAUAUCUGAACUGCUGGCCUACUUUCUCAGUCGGAAACUCAUCUCACGUAUGGGACACAUACGGGUGAUGUACGCAGGUUUACUAGGCAAUGUUGUUCGGUUUAUGUACAUUUCAUGGCUGAAAAGUCCUUGGUGGGUCUUACCUUUUGAGUUCGUCCAAGGAUUGACACACGCGGCGGUAUGGGCGGCGUGUUGUUCUUAUAUCACACAAGCCAUACCCACGGGCUUGCGCUCCUCCGCUCAAGGUAUACUUCAGGGGCUACAUCACGGUCUCGGACGCGGAUGUGGGGCGGUGUUCGGCGGCAUAAUGGUCUACAGCUAUGGAGCGGAAGUGACGUUCCGGGCGUACGGAGUUACAUGUUUGAUAUUGCUGAUUCUGUAUAUUGUGAUGAACUUCUUCAUCGUAGACCAUGGCAAGUUUUCCUUCGGUAGUCGUGAAAAGCACGAAAUUCUUGAGGAGGAGGACAAUAUGUGUCAUCUGGCACCACAUGGGGUCCCUUCCGGUAUGGCUCGGGACCUCUCGAGUAACAAGCUCCGAGAAGAAGGUAUGACUAACUAUGGAGCCACAAGUUACGUUCCAAACGGACCCGGCGAUGACUUUUACCCGGAUAACUUUGACAAUGACACACAGAGGAUAACGAUGAAUGAACCACCGGCUAUGGCGACACAGAUCUACCAGCAGCAGCCCUAUAAUACCUUCGACCAAAGAUAUGGUCCAUAGA